AUGGCCAGGACUUUUAAAAAGGAAAUUUCAGCACAGUACAAUACAAUGAAACCAGCACUGGUUAAUGGAAAACCUAGAGGUGAAGGAGUCACUCCCAUACGACUGGUCAAUGGAAGAAACAGUUGCCAAGGUCUCCUUGAGGUAUAUCGUGAUGGCACCUGGGGAACAGUCUGUGAUGAUUCUUGGGACAUAAACGAUGCACAAGUUGUGUGCAGACAGCUUGGCUGUGGGCUGGCCCUCUCAGCACCAGGAAAUGCCAAUUUUGGUCAAGGUUCAGGAAGAAUUCUUCUGGAUGAUGUGAACUGCAGAGGGGAUGAAUCUUCCAUUGGGCAGUGUUCCCACAGAGGAUGGGGGGUUCACAACUGCAACCAUAAUGAAGAUGCUGGAGUAAUUUGCUCAGAAAUAUGAGGAUAGUUUUCUUUAAAGGCUAAUUUUUUUCCUGCUGUUUUCCCUGCAGCUCCUUUGCGCCUGGUUAACGGGCGCAACAGAUGUGAAGGCCGCCUUGAGGUGUACCAUGAUAGCAGCUGGGGAACGGUCUGUGAUGACAGUUGGGACAUAAGUGAUGCCAAGGUAGUCUGCAGAGAACUUGGAUGUGGAGCUGCGCUGUCGGCACCAGGAAGUGCAAGAUUUGGUCAAGGCUCAGGAAAUAUCGUCCUGGAUGAUGUACAGUGCAGGGGAAAUGAAUCUUCCCUAUCUCACUGCCUUCACCCACCCUGGGGAACCCACAACUGUGGCCAUCACGAAGAUGCAGGUGUCAUCUGUCACUCAGGACUCUCAUGUUCUGGAGAAUACAUGUAUGCACGCAUCAGCAGAAGCUAUCUCUGGUUACUGGGCUACAAUGCUUGGGAUCUGUAUCUGAAUUCUUCAGACUCUUUCUGUAGACCUCGGAUUACAGAAGAUGAUGUUGUUUUCAAUAUACCAUUCAGUGGUUGUGGCACAAUAAGGCAGCAGAAGAAUAACAACACUAUAGUCUAUUCCAACAUAAUCAAGACAUCAGACUCUGGAUAUAUCAUUACAAGACAGAGAAACUUUCAGUUUCAUAUCACAUGUGAAAUGAAUGAGGACACCGUUGUAGAGACAAAGUUUGUUGCCCAAAAUGCCAUUGACAUCACAGAAAAACAGCAUGGCAAUUACAGUGUGGAUCUUUCAUUCUACUAUUCAUCAAGGUUCUACUCUGCAGUUCAUGAAAGUCCAUACUACAUUUCAAUCAAUCAGGAUUUAUACCUCCAAGCUACUCUCAACAGUUCUGAUCCAAACCUGGUACUGUUUACAGACACAUGUGUAGCAUCUCCAUAUGCUGGCGACUUCAAAACUUUGACCUAUGACUUAAUCAGGGAUGGAUGUGUUCGAGAUCCUACCUAUAAAAAACUGUAUUCACCAAUGUCUAACACAGUUCGUCUUACAUUCAAAAGUUUUAAGUUUCUUCUUGAACACAAUCAGGUCUACUUGCAAUGCGAAAUGGUAGUAUGUAGAGCAAAUGAUUUCACAUCCCGAUGCAACCAGGGAUGUUCCAGUAGAAAAAAGAGGGAUGUAGGUGAACACCAGGACAAGGUGGAUGUUGUGCUGGGACCCAUCAAGCUUCAGAAAGAAGCCAAUGAAGACAGAAAGCAGGGAUUUCCAGAUAAUUCUAUUGGAAUGAGUGGUGAUCUGAGUCCUAGCAUCAUCACUGUUCUUGAUGGCUGGCAGUCUCUGAAGGUGAACUCGGUUUUUCAGGUGCUCUUCCACAUCUGGUGA